AUGGACGACGACACUCAGAUGACUGAGGAGGACGCCGUCUUCGAGACGACAUCGGGCGAGUUUGUGCCGCCUUCAAUCGACGAGCAUGUCCUGCUUUCGGGUGCAUCAUACUCCCACUACUCCCCAGUUCCGUCCUGCCUCCUGGCACCAACAGCGCAUGUGACCAACGACGCCACAGACGGCGACGCCAACGGCGGCCCAUUAGCCGAGGCGGUCCCGUGUGUUCUGGGCGUCGACGAGGCCGGACGUGGUCCGGUGCUCGGCCCCAUGGUCUACGGCGUCUUUUAUGCCCCCGUGGACCUGGCCGACGCUCUCCUGCGCGGCGAGGCGCCCGAUGCCGACCGAGACGCCGUGACUGGCGCCCCGCACCGCUUUGACGACUCCAAGGUCUUGUCGGCGGCCGUCCGGUCGACGCUCAUGGCCACCGUCUGCCGCAGCGGCUCCAAGCUGCACAGCAACUGCGGCUGGGCCGUGGAGCUGCUGUCGGCGCGCGACAUUGGGGCCGGCAUGAUGUCGCCCACGGCAGCGGCGGGCAACCUCAACGCACAAGCCGCCGAGUCGACCGUCGGCCUCAUCCGCGGGGUCCUGGCGCGCGGCGUGCGGGUGACGGACGUCUAUGUCGACACCGUGGGCCCGCCGGCAUCGUACCAAAAGAAGCUGGAGCGCUACUUCCCCGGCCUGCGAAUCACGGUGUCGAAAAAGGCCGACUCCCUGUACCCGUGUGUGUCGGCGGCAUCGGUCUGUGCCAAGGUAACGCGCGACGUGGCGCUGGAAGUGCUCUACAAACGGUAUGCUGGUGCGCUGGCAACAACGGAAGGCGCAGCAGGUGCCGCAACCACGCCCAGCUGGGGCUCGGGCUACCCGUCCGACGCCCGGUGCACGACGUGGCUGCGGCGCAACAUGCACCCGCUGUUUGGCUGGGGCCCCGAGUGCCGCUUCAGCUGGAGCACGGCCAAGGACAUGCUGGAAGACAGCAAGAAGAAUGGCGGCGUGCAGGUGGACUGGCCCGAGCCCGACGAGGACACGCCCGACAACGAGUUUGCGGUGACGCGGAUGACGGACUUUUUUACUGCAUCAGCGGCGGCCAAGAACGCUGACGAUGAGGAUGUGGUGGACGAGCUGGGAUCGUGGUUUGGCCAACCAGUCGGGACGGAGGUCUUCUAG